AUGGUCAAAUUACAGGGAGUCACAGGGAAUAAACAUGGAUUUGUAGUCUUCCUAACAGAGGGACCAUUCUUUGACCAUCCGGAAUUCGGUCAACAUGUAAUGUCCAACCGAUGUGGAUUUAUUUCCCUCAGCUAUGCUCUUCUGAUAAUUCAUUUUGCCUACAGAUACAUGGCUUUGUUCCACCCAGAGAAACUUCCAAUAUUCUUCCGCCCAAUUGGAAUUGUAACUUUCAUCAUUUUUCUAUUGGCUCAUGCUGCUUCUUGGUCAUUGAUUUGCCAACAAUGUCUUGCUGGAAACGAUGAGAUUCGAGAAAUAGUAGCAAACGAUUUCCUGAACGAUUUUGGCGCUGAUUCCAGAAAAAUACCAAUGUUGGCUGCCUUAUAUUAUGAUGCUAGCGACUACAUUCGAAUAAGAAGCUGGAUUGGAAUUUUCCUUUUGACCAUCAUAUCGUUUUAUGCAAUGUCGGUUUACUUUGUGCUGGGUUUUAAGAUCAUGCGCAAGAUCUCCCACAUGCAGUCGACAAACAAGCUGAGCAAAAACAGUCUCCGCCUCCAAAAGCAGCUGUUUCAAACCCUAAUUAUUCAGACUUGCAUCCCAAUCAUCGCCAGUUUUCUUCCCACCGUCCUGUCCUGGUAUGCUCCAAUUUUCGGAAUAGAUAUGGAAUGGUGGAACACGAAUGUGGCUACUGUAGCUCUUGCUGCAUUUCCAUUCAUCGACCCGUUGGCAGUCAUUUAUCUGAUUCCAAGCUAUCGAAAUGCCCUUCUGAGAAGGAAAGGGCGUGCAAUUGAUGACAGUUCAACAGCGAAAACAAGAGCAACUUCGAAAAUUCUUUCGUACACGCAGGACAUUCAUUCGCAUCACUAA